AAUAUUUUUUUACUAUCCGGACUGACUGCAGAUGCAUUUUUGCUAAACGGCUGAUCAUUACAAAUACAUAUCUGUGGAAACAGUAGAUUCCCACAAAGAAGUGCGCCAUAAAAGAGUAGUUACAGCAGCUGGAUCACCAUGGACACCCUGUCCAGCCACAGCUCCUACCUCCUCCAGCAGCUCCAGGAGCAGAGGAUUCAAGGGCUUCUCUGUGACUGCAUGCUGGUGGUCAAAGGUGUCUGCUUCAAAGCCCACAAAAAUGUCCUCGCUGCUUUCAGCUCCUAUUUCAGGUCUUUGUUCCAAAACUCUCAGAAGAGCGACGUGUUCAACCUAGCGAUCCAGGAUGUCGGCGGCAUCGGCCAAGUACUGGACUACAUGUACACCUCCCACAUCGACAUUAAUCAGGAUAACGUGCAAGCGCUCCUGGACAUCGCUCAGAGUCUGCAGGUCCCAAAUUUGCAGGCCAUGUGCAACGCUUUCCUCAAACCUUGCCCGCCUCCAGUGGAGAUGCCUUCCUUUGCCCUCCCAGGCAUGCUCAGCUCAGAGCACGACUGCCUUUUGGGGAGUAACCUGCCUCAUGACGUCGACCUCCACUGCCCGUCCGAUCCUCCGAGGUCCAGCUUCUAUAGCGACAUGGAUCACGCACGGAGGAUGCCGGUGACCGCGUCUAACAACAGCUCGGCGUGUGACAUGCAAAGCGGCUCCCACGCACCUGCAGAGAAGCAGCUUGUUCACGGUUACAAACUCCGUAAUUUCUACAGCAAGCAGUACUUUAAACAAAGUGCGAUCCAGUAUAACAACGCGUCCUCAAAUCAAGGCCCGGGGCCUUUGGCUAUGGUGGACGAGCAGCAAUGUCAGCUCGCAAUGAGCCAGGGCGCCAACAGCGCGCCCGUCGGUUUAGGCAACACGGUUCAGCCGAGCCCCCCUUGCACAGCUGUGACGGCGGAGAAAAGUGCCGCCUCCUCUUUGACACCGUCGAGUAAUUUAAACGCCCCUGCCUGCGACCCGGCCGACUCCGCAAUCAACAAGCCAGUCCGGCCCAAGAAGGCGGUUUACCUGAAGAAAUACAACUACCUCCGCUCUCAGAAAGCCUUGGAGGAGAUGUGCUCCGAGUCGGUCGCCGAGCCCAUCCUCAGCUGCCCCAAGGAGAGCCGUCAAGGGGAGCCUGUUGCCCAGGCGGGAGCUCCAGGCGAAGCUCCCGCAGCCCCGGCAGGCGGCAGCCCCCUCGGUAGAGAGGAGUCUUCGGAGGCGGCAGACGCCCAGCUUCCCAGUCCCCCCCCUGGGAACCAAGAGGAGGAAAACUUGAAGCCUCAGCCAGAGCCUCCUCACCAAGCAGGGCACAAGCAGUACUGCUGCGACGUGUGCGGGAAGAUCUUCAAGCACCCGAGCAACCUGGAGCUGCACAAGCGCUCUCAUACUGGCGAGAAGCCGUUUCAGUGCAACGUUUGUGGCAAAAACUUUUCUCAGGCAGGGAAUCUGCAAACCCAUCUGCGGCGGCAUUCCGGAGAGAAGCCGUACAUCUGCGAGCUUUGUGGUAAAAGCUUCACUGCGUCGGGGGACGUUCAGCGUCACAAAGUAGUUCACACAGGAGAGAAGCCGCACCUGUGUGAUAUAUGCGGCCGAGGAUUCAACAAUUUGAGUAAUCUCAAGGAGCACAAGAGGACUCAUGCAACAGACAGGACGUUCACCUGUGACCAGUGUGGAAAGUCCUUCAACACGCACAGAAAGCUGCUGAAGCACAAGGCCCGCCACGCUGGAGAAAAACCCCACAGCUGUGCCACCUGUGGGAAGUGCUUCAUUGGCUCAGGAGACCUGCAGCGUCAUAUACGAUCACACACUGGCGAGAAACCCUAUAUCUGUGAGACCUGCGGAAAGAGCUUUACCCGCUCGGCCAUGCUGAGGAGACACAGCAACAUGCACUGCAAGGGCCCCCCCGUCUCCAGCCCCGCCACGGCCAGCUCUGAGCAGACCCAAAACUCAAACGGACCGGUUGAAUCUGCAAACCCGCUCAGCCAGACUAAACCCUCGGCGGCAGCCACUGAGCAGCACUUCUCUGCCCUGAUGCCUGACACAGACCUAGGGAAACCCUCUUCAUGUAGUCCUCCGCCACCACAAGCAAUGCAACCCAUAGAGACUGCAGGUCCCAGCAUGCAGCUUAGCCCGGCGCUGACCUCCCUCCCAGAGCUGCGCUCCCUGGUUCCCCAUCACCUCCUUACAUCCAGCCACCAGGAGAGAGGCUUAGCUCUGCUCCCCGCAGACCGCAUGAAGCAGAACAAACCGACUGAGGAGGCUGUGUACGGCCCAUAUGUGGAGAACGGCAAUACGUGUAUUGACAGGGACCCUGCAGGGAGACCCUACCUGCCUCCCUCGGACAAUCACUGCAGUUCCUUCCCAGGAUCCAGCAGGCCCUACAGGUCGGGUGAAGGCCAGUUUAUCUCCAGCGUGACUCUUUGGGGCCUGGCCAUGAAGACGCUGCAGAAUGAGAACGAUAAUGACUUGGAGCAGUAAAUUAUCGCAUCCGUUUCAGCGAGGAACAACUUCGCCACAACUAAAAGUCAUUUGAAAUAGGUUUUUAUCACGUGAGCGGCUGCUUUUACCUCAAGGGGAGUUUAUAAUAGUGCUAAAAUACGUCACUGGACUAAAAAGAAGUUUAACCUUCUAGACAUCUGAGAGUUAUGAUAAAAACUUGAAAUUAAAACAUUAAAGUGAUCCAGCUCUUUAAACAAAUGGGU